AUGCGCUUCUUACUUGGCGACCAGAGUACUAAAACAAAAAUAUUCUGUAAUGAGCAGGACAAUUAUCCUUUAGCCGUUGCUGCUGGCAAGGAUUUUUAUGUUGAUGAUAUACUCAGUGGUACCGAGGAUUUAUCUUCUGCCAUUGAACUACAAGAACAGUUAAUAUAUUUGUUAAAAUCAGCUGGUCUCUUAGGACCUUUGAUAAUCACAGCGAAGAUAUUCUUGCAGAAGUUGUGGGUUUUGAGAAUUGAUUGGGACGAUGAAGUUCCCUUACACUUAAAUAGAGAGUGGGAAAAAUUUAGUACUGAACUGAGUCAAUUGAAAAAUUUAAACGUAGAUCGUCAUGUCUUAUGUUCUGAGGCUCUGAAAGUAGACCUGAUAGGCUUCGGAGAUGCUUCGAAAAAUGCGUACAGUUGUGACCAGGGCUUUGUCAAGUCUACACCAGGUCUUUGUCAAGGUCUGCUUAACGUUGAGGUUCUGUCAUUCUUGCAACUAGACAUUCAUGGAGUAUAUUUGUACUCGGACUCCACCGUGGUGCUUGCUUGGAUCAAAACUCCACUAACAUUGUUGAAAACUUUUGUUGCUAAUCGAGUCACUAGGAUUCAAGAGUAUACUAAGAAUUUCCAAUGGCAUUAUGCAAAUACUGCUGAGAAUCCUGAAGACUUGAUAUCACGAGGAGCUUUUCCUUCAAAGAUCCAACAGUUAGACAUUUGGUGGAAUGGACCGUCUUUUCUUUCAUCUAGUAGCUGGCCAAACUUCAGUGACGAUCCUGGUGUCUCAGAUGUUGAAUAUCUUCUUGAGGUGAAAGGAACUGCAAAGAACACUGAACUGAAUAAGGAUUCUAUGAUUAAUCUUUCCAUUUGUAAUAAUCCUAGUUUUUUAGAGUGUCUAUUAGAAAUAAGUAACAAUUAUUGUAAAAUUGUUCGUGUUUUAAGUUAUGUUUUCAGGUUUGUCAAGAACCUAAAAGGAGCAGUGAAGACAACAGGUCCACUGAAUGCUGAGGAGUUGAACUAUGCAGAGACAUUUUUCAUUAAAAAUGUCCAAAUCCAAAAAUUUGCUAAAGACGUUAAUAGUCUCCAAAAACACCACUGUGUGCCUCCUGGUAGUAAAUUAAAAACUUUUAAUCCUUUCUUGGAUUCUAAAGGAUUGUUAAGAGUCGGAGGACGGUUGGAGGACAAAAAAAAACCCUCGCCUUCCAACGUCGAAGAUGUUGCGACCGUGCUCGUUGAAGCCAGCAGUCAGUCGCCGCAGAAUAGUGUGAGUUUGUCAGUUGUUUACUGCGUUCUGGAUAUGCCAUUUACAAUUGUACGAAAAAUUGUUCGGUAG